UCGGGGUCGGCGAGAGCGACUUUGGACGGAGCGGCAGUGCUGGAAGCUCAGCGCGGGGCGCGGGAACUGGGGUCGCCAGAGGAGGACCAGACGGAGCGGGCGGGAGGCGCCCCGGGGCGGGAGGGCGGCGGGCCUGCCCCUGCGGUGCUGCCUUUCCCGCGCGCACGGCCGCUGGACCGGACGGAGGAUGGGAAGGCUCGAGAAGCGGGAAGGGAGAUGUGAUCAUUUUGGGGAUGGCCCCGGGUGAGUCGGGAUGCUGGAGUCCUUGAAGGAAAAGAUGUCAGAGCAAGAAGAGAAUGGCUUAUUUGAAAUGCCAGAUUAUGAACAUGUAGAAGAUGAAAUUUUUCCUCCCUUCCCACCUCCAGCCUCUCCUGAGAGAGAUCUUGCAGAAGCUGAACCUGAUGAAGAAUCAGGAAGUGGAGCACCUGUUCCUGUACCACCAAAGAGAACAGUUAAAAGGAAUCUACCCAAGCUAGAUGCUACUAGAUUAACUUCAGAGAGAGGGCUUCCAGCCUUAAGGCAUGUGUUUGAUAACAUAAAAUUCAAGGGGAAGGGUCAUGAGGCUGAAGACUUGAAAACGCUAAUCAGACACAUGGAGCACUGGGCACAUAGGCUAUUCCCCAAGCUGCAAUUUGAAGAUUUUAUUGACAGAGUUGAAAACCUAGGAAAUAAAAAGGAGGUUCAGACCUGUUUAAAACGAAUUCGACUUGAUCUUCCUAUUGUACAUGAAGAUUUUGUUAACAAUAAUGAUGAAGUUGAAGAAACUAAUCCCCUUGAUGUAACUGCUGCUGGAUUUGAUCCCUUCUUGACAAGCUCAUCUGACAGCAAGAAGUUGGCUUCUGAAUCAAGUAGAAGCCUAACAGAAGAGCAGCAACAGAGAAUUGAGAGAAAUAAACAGCUGGCCUUGGAAAGAAGGCAGGCAAAGCUACUGAGUAAUAGCCAGUCCCUAGAAAAUGAUGAGUUAAUGAGUACAUCCUGGGCACAGCCAGUUGAAGAGAGCAGUACUGGUGAGGAGCAAGAAGAGUCAGGUGGAUUAAACACAGACGCUGCAGAUUGUCCACAUGAUGUUCCUUCUGCCAAUACAGAUGAAGAGGAACAGCUCAAAGCAGAGGACAAACAGCUGAACCAUACUAACUUAGACUAAUCCAGACAUGUUCCAAGUAACCAGGCUUCCACAAGAGAAUCCUGCAAGUUUGGGGUUAUUUGUAAAUUUUUCUACUUUGUGUAAGUCUCUUAAGUCAUAAGAUUUCUAUGGAUUCCUGCUUAAAAUACAAUGACUAUUUAUAA